CAGGCUGUGGCCAAUGAGAGCGCGCGGUGAUUGUUUCGCUCUCUGGGCUGGCGCCGUGUCCACGAAUUUCUAUUCAGCAGCCUCCCAGCGUCCUGCUGCUGCCUCUCAAGCGUAUAGGAUUCCACGUAGGCAUUAAAAGCGGGGGGAGGGAACAGGAAAACAAAACAAAACAAAAAAAAAAACAAAAACCAAACCAGCCCCAGCCCCAGCCCCUCUCCUCCGCCCCCCCCCAAAUAAAAACUUUGGGGGAAAAAAAAAGUUUCGCCUCUCUCUGUCUCUGUCUCUCUCCUCCCCGCUGUCAGGUGACUUUUUAGAAUUAGAAGCUAAUGAGCGUGGAUGCUUUGGGGAGCCCAGUGAUGGACCCUGCUGCACUCUCCAAACGGAACACGGCGCUGAGAUUAGUAGACUUGGCAGGGGCUCAUCACCACCAUCAUCAUCUCCACCCCCCUCAGAGCAUGACAGGCUUCCAGGGCUUCGCCGGGCAUCCCCACGCAGUGGCUCCCACGCACCCUGGGGAGUACGCCGCGGAAUCCCGCCUAGGGCCGAAUCCAUUCCGGCCUGAACACAUGGGGCACCACCACCACCACCAUCAUCAUCAUCAUCAUCCUCAUCACCCUGCGGCCCUUAAACUCAGCCCUGCCCCUCAUCCUCAUCCUCACCACCAGUACCAGCACCACCACCACCACCACCAUCAUCAUAUGGCAGGCCAAGCUGAGGUGGUCUCUAGUCAAACAGGAACGUUUGGCCCGGCGCACUCACCAGCAGUCCCUUACCCAGUGUCUCGCACAGCCCAGGCUAUUUCAGCAGGUAGGGACUUCUUAAUACGCAGAGAUCUGACAGCUCCAGUCAUGCCAGGGCUAACUGAGCAACACACUGCUACAAGUUCUCACCACGGAAUGUUUGUCUCAACAACAGGUAGCUACCCCGGACACCAUGGUCACCACCACUCAGAAGCUGGGAAUCAUUCUCUGUUCUCUGGACUCCAUGAGCAGCCUCCCCAUGCAACUCCAGGUGGCCAUCUAAACGGACAGAUAAGACUGGGGUUACCUGGAGAAAUGUACGCCAGGUCUGAACAUUUCACUCAAGUACCAGCCUCCAGGACCGAUCCUUUUGCUGCUUCCUCGCUUCAUAACUACGGUGGCAUGAAUCUGAACGUGAAUCUGGCUCCACACCACGGCCCUGGUGCUUUCUUUCGUUACAUGAGGCAGCCCAUCAAACAGGAACUCAUCUGUAAAUGGAUUGAGUUGGACCAGACUCCCAAAAAAUUAUGCUCGAAAACUUUCACCACAAUGCACGAGCUGGUGACUCAUGUCACAGUGGAGCAUGUUGGAGGACCCGAGCAGUCCAAUCACAUAUGUUUCUGGGAAGAGUGUCCAAGAGAGGGGAAACCUUUCAAAGCCAAAUAUAAACUUGUAAAUCACAUCAGAGUCCACACAGGUGAAAAACCCUUCCCCUGCCCUUUCCCAGGCUGUGGGAAAGUGUUUGCUAGAUCAGAAAAUCUCAAAAUACACAAAAGAACUCACACAGGAGAAAAACCAUUCAAAUGUGAAUUCGAAGGCUGUGACAGACGAUUUGCCAACAGCAGUGACAGGAAGAAGCACUCUCACGUGCACACCAGCGACAAACCCUACAACUGCAAAGUGAGAGGCUGCGACAAGUCCUACACCCACCCCAGUUCCUUGAGGAAACACAUGAAAGUGCACUGCAAAUCCCCUCCUCCGAGUUCAGGCUACGAGUCCUCCACACCUUCCCUGGUGUCUCCCUCCUCGGACUCCGGCCGGGACCCUCCUGCUUCCUGUUCUCACGCAGAGCCAGUAGCAUCGUCGCAAACUGCAGCUAACCUGAGCGAAUGGUACGUGUGUCAGAGCUCGGGGGCCAGUGGCAUCCCAACUCCUCCCAGUAACUCUCCGUCACCUAACCCGGGAGAGGCUUCUUACACGAACUGUGAGCCCAGGCCCAAUUAUUAGAAAUAAAUCAAUAAACAGAUAGCUCACACGGUCUGCAGUCUGGAUCUCAUCGAAUGGUCUCCUCUUGUUACUCUGCUACCUUUGCGAUGCAGAACCACUGUACCAAGACUGCCACAGUAGAGGGAACAAUCUUAUGCGAGGGGAUCAUAGAUAAUGUGAGCACCACACACGGGGAAUAAAAAAAGAUAGAGGUGCUGCCCUGGCAUAUGGCCUCUGAAGAGAAGAUACAUUGUAAAAUAAAUUAAACAGGUCUCUGUUACAAACUGCAUUUAUGGUACCCAGCACACGUGAAGGCAACUUCAGUUCGUCCUCAUUGCUUUUUGCAUCCU